ACAUUCCAUUUGUAACCUUGCGCUAGUUUGCAGCUAGAGGUGGGUGUCAUCAUCACACGCGCGGAGAUCAGGUUUCACUGGACGAACCGCGUCUCUCGCGCAGGCAAGCCCACGGGAACGACAAUGGCGACUAGAAAAAUCACUCACCUUUCCCGUUUCCUCUAAAUAUCGCUGCUGAAAAUGCGCUGCUCGGGGUGUGACGCCGGAAACAUGUGUAUUUAUAUCCUGUGAAUAAUAUUAGUGUGUUGGUGGUGAAGCGCGCGCGUCACGGCAGCUUUAAUAAUAAAGGAUUGAAGAUGGCGGAGUUUUCUCCGGUGCUGCCUCCGCUGCGGGAGGAUGGAGGAGGCGGACGGUACGGACAGCCGUUGUUCCCCAGAUCCCGGUCCGGGUCGGAGUCGGACAGCGAACUGUCGCAGAGUUUGGCCCGCACAAAGACGCGCUCGUACGGCAGCACCGCGAGCGUCACUGCGCCGUUAGGAGAGAAAUACAUAGAGCACCGGGUAACGGACGGGGACACACUGCAGGGUAUAGCGCUCAAAUAUGGUGUUACGAUGGAGCAAAUUAAACGAGUCAAUAAACUAUUCAGCAAUGAAUGCAUAUUCCUGCGAAACACUCUAAAUAUUCCUGUUAAGUCAGAAAAACGCUCCUUCUUUAACGGACUGUCUCUGGAGUCACCUGACGGCGAGGGAAGCACGCUGCAGGAGUCUCCGUACGUGAGUCAGGACAUGGACACUCCAUCACCCCCACCAGAACCGGCCGCCCCGGAGCCAAACACCCGACCUGUGCAGGCAGAAGAGCUGUCAGCUAAAGACUACUUACACCGGCUGGACUUACAGAUCAAACAGUCCAAACAAGCCGCCCGCAAACUGAAAGAGGAUGGUGGGAGAGAGGAAGACGACCCAGCAAACUCAACAUCAUCAUAUCAGGAGAUCUGAUGGAUUCUUCUUCAUCUGUUUACCUGCAGCGCUGACAAUGACCCAUCAUCAUCUUCAUCUUUCCAUCCCUGUUUUGCCUGCUCAUUUUUUAACUCUACCUUUACCCAAACUGCAACACCGGACCACAUGCCAUACUCUUGUGCUGAAGGUCCAUCAUUGCCUUCUUCAGCAGUAUUAUAGUGACGUUAUUUCUGAUUUUAUCAUCAAUUCUCCAUCUCACAUAACAGUAAAGAAGCGAGCUUGUCUUCUUUAGGAAGAGCAAUAGCGAUCCACAUGUAGAUCACUAACUUAUAACCUCUGCUCAUAUGAAACAUUGUAUCUGCAGUCUGUCCAGUAAUGUAACUUAGCAGAUAAAACAUCCCGGACUCUUGUGUGGCUGCCUGCUGAUUUUAAUUUAUCUUUUUUUUUUUUUUUUUUGCCUAUAAAAGCUUUAUGUGUGGGGUUGAAAGGGAUAAAUAAUGCUGUGUUGGUGUGAAUGUUGUGUUUUUGUGUGUUGGGGUUUAAUAAAAAUAUUUUACUGUGCUGCUUGGAUUGGAUUUUGCAGAAUAAAUGCUUCUGUAAAUGAA